AUGUGGCCUCAACGUGGCAAUCGGCUCCUGCCCUCGCUCCGCCAAUCGAUUGUUGACACGUGGCGGAGUCAUCCGCUGCCUGGUCUUCGGGAGUAUCAACCGUCAGCGUUGAUCUCGCGAGUUCAGAGCAACGCGAUCCGUCAUCACAAUGGGGACUCCACUCCUCGUCCGCUAUCCACCGCGGUCAAUGCGUUACUCAACCGGGAACAUGAAGGCGGCUACGUGAACAGGUGUGGAAUUUACGCCGCAGACGAAUCCGGGCUUCUGAUAUCGAGCAGCAGCAGCAUCAGAAGUCUCAGAAGAUUCGGAAGCAUCGGAAGCACGGACUCUGUCUAUCACCAACCAACCGUUCUUAGCGAAGACUACGGCACCAGAUCGGCCCAGAUCCGGAGCUCCCUAGGUGCCACGUGGAUCCCAACCGCUCUCCGCGCUGUCAGUUUACCAGAUCUAGAUCCUCUGAUCUCAUCAGGACCGUCGAAAGUAGCAGAUUCACCUUUACGUCGACUUUCCACCGUCAGCUCACACUUAGCGAAUCCGCGAUCGCAGUCGCGGUCCUUGUGGUCCGCAGCAGUCAACGCAAGUCAAGAAGCGUCGUCGGGCGCGGGAAAGGCGGGAAGCGACCAGCGGCAAGAGGCAUCAGGGCCCGCCGGUACCGGUGCGUCCGCGGCUGGCGGAUCUGAAGCCCGCGCGGAUGGCGCAGGGGGUUCUGCGGGAGCCGGGGGAGCGGGGGGAGCGGCGGGAGCAGGCGGAGAAGCGGGAGGUGAAACAGGAUUUGAGGGGCAAUCAAGCGACGGGGCGGCGGAGGGCAGUGAUGGGCGGGCGAAGGUGUUGUGGCCGUUGGACCGCGCUCGGCAGGCGAUAAAGCGCGUGGUGGGGUUCGUGACUUCGCGCGUGUCGUGGCUGGCGCGAUCCGGUCCUUUCGAAAGUUUGAAGAAGGCGGUGCUGUUUGUGCGCGAGGAGCUCACCACGCCGCCAGCCAAGCGCCUGGCCGCCAAGCGCAAGGCGGAAGCAGAGGCCAUGGCGGCCGCCGCCAAGGCGUUUGAGCCGUCGGAUCGCGUGGAUCUGACGGUGGUGAAGAGGAAGGUGCCGUGGUGGCAAGCGCGCAUUGAGAGUGUGCUGAAUAAGGUGAGGGAUCACUGGGUGGUGCAGCGGGUGUACGGCGUGCAGCACCACCCCAUCGUCACCAAGAGCAAGGAGGUGGUGGAUGACAUGAAGGACCGGUGGGAGACGAGUGACAGCCCUGUCGUGCACCGCAUUCAAGAUCUGAACGAUUCCAUCUUUGGGGAGACGGCUACAGCCAUGGCAGUGAAGGAGAUCCGACGUAGAGACCCCGACUUCUCUCUCCCUGACUUCAUUCACGAGGUACAGGAGGACGUGCUGCCUGUACUAAACGCCUACAUGCAUGGCGACCUAGCAGCACUCAAGGCGCGGUGUCGCAAGGAGGUGGUGGAGCGCUGCCGGGCUGAGCGCUCUGCCAUGCUCGCACAGGGCCUGCACGCGCACCACCGGAUUCUGCACCACUCGGAAGUGGAGGUGCGGGAGGUAAAGCUGGUCGGCAACGACCCUGUCAUCAUCCUCCAUUUUACAUCGCAACAGAUUUACUGCUUAAUGGACAAACAGGGGAAGGUGCACGAAGGGGGGAAGGACAACAUCAUGACAAUGUUCCAUGCAUGGGCCAUGCAGCAGGCAUCAUUGGAGGAUAUGGCAGAGGAUCCCAAUGAGCCCAAGUGGCGCUUGAGGGAGAUGCAGCAGAUGGGCAUGCAAGCACUCAUAUAA